AAAAUUAAAGAAAGUAGCAACACUGCUAUUUAAAUAUAAUGAUUUGCUCUACGUGAGCAUUAUAGUUGAGUGUACUCUGCGAAACACCAAAUCAUCUUCGUAUCACAAUGUCGCAAGAGAGACUAGCAGGUCAAUGCACUAUUGUAACCGGUGGUAGCAGUGGAAUAGGUCGUGCGAUCUGCCAAGUAUUUGCCAAAGAAGGCGCUAGUGUUGCAGUUCUGGGCCGGAACAUUCAAAGACUUUCUGAAACAAUAAAUACUUUGCCAACUAAUCAUGGAAAUAAGCACUGCUUAAUACAAGCUGAUGUUAGCUCUGCUGAGCAAGUAGCAAGAGCUUUUAAAGAAUCAACGAGACAGUUGGGCAAGAAGAUCACAAUUCUUGUGAAUAACGCGGGGAUAACCAGAAAUGGUUUCAUUGACGAAUUCAAAAACGAAGAUUUUGAUGAAAUGAUGGGUAUAAAUUUGAAAGGAUAUUUUCUGAUGUCCAGUGAAUUUGUGAAAUUAUUAUCAGAUGUAGACAAAAACCAAGAUUUUUGUUGUAUAGUCAAUGUAUCCAGCAUGUUUGGCAUAAGAGGUUUUCCAUCAUUUGCUGGAUAUUCAGCAACUAAAUCUGGUAUAAUUGGAUUAACGAAAUGUGUCGCAUCAGAAUACUCAAAACAUAAAAUACGCUGCAAUGCUGUUUUGCCAGGAAUGAUUCAAACGCCUAUGAAUGAAGGUGUGCCGGAAAGCUUCAAAGAAAAUAUUGCUGCACAAACACCAAUGCAAAGAUUGGGAAAACCCGAAGAAGUAGCGAAUGCCUGUUUGUUUCUGGCAUCAAAUGAAAGUUCAUAUGUCAAUGGGGCUUGUCUGGAAGUUGCAGGUGGAUUUUUGGGAUGAACGAAUUAUUUCAUAUUUUCAUUUUAUCAUUUGUUUGGCGGGUUACGCAAUAUUAUAUAUAUCAAAUAUAUCAUCCUAUCACUCAGAAGUUUAUAUUAUACUCUUAUUAUCAAAUUAUAAUUACCCAUUAUCUACUAGUUGAUUGAAAUAAAUGCUGCAAAAUCACCGAGAAA